AUGACGGCCCGGGCAGGGCCGCCACCCAUGCUCCCCCCUCGCGGUGCAGCAGGCCCAGCCGGGGUGCUGCGGUCAGGGGGUCACAAAGCCAGGCUGCCACCCGGGACCACCCUCGAGGAGCAAGAAAAUGGAUACGAGGGUUGCCAUCCUGACGACGGCACAGAAAACCGCAGCUCCGGGUCCCCGCUGCUCAGCAGACCCGCGGGCUCCGCGGGGCGAGCGCGGGGACCGGGCAGAGUCGGCGUCGGGGCGGCAGGCGAGCCCCCUCCGCGCUCCUCCGCAGCGCCUGGCUGCGGCCGCGGUCUCCGCUCCCGGACCCACUCACGCCCCGUGGCCGCCGGGGACGGAGCGGGAAGGAGAGUCCGCCGCCGCCGAGCCGCGCCCGGCCCGCCACACCCAGCGCGUCCCUACCAGACUCGCGACCGGGGAGUAGCCACUCCCCUGACCCCCUUGGCCCAGGUACCUCAAGAGGAAGACGACCAGGAGGCGGAGGUCACCACCAUGAUCCUGGAGGACGACUCUUGGGUACAGGAAGCUGUGCUGCAGGAGGAUGGCCCCGAGUCCGAGCCCUUUCCCCAGAACGCCGGCAAGGGCAGCCCCGGAGAGGAGGUGGCUGGAGGGCCGCAGAGUGCGCUGGGCCGCCUCCGAGAGCUCUGUCGGCGCUGGCUGAGGCCAGAGGUGCACACCAAGGAGCAGAUGCUGACCGUGAUGCCCAGGGAGAUCCAGGCCUGGCUGCAAGAACACAGGCCCGAAAGCAGUGAGGAAACAGUGGCCCUGAUGGAAGACUUGACCCAGACCCUUCGGGACAGUGAUUUUGAGAUCCCGAGUGAAAACGGGGAGAACUCUAAUCAAGACAUAUUUGAGGACAUGGACUCACAUGGGCUCUUCUCAGAAACACCUGGAGGGGAAGGUGUUCAGCAGUCUGAUUGGGAAAGUGACCUUGAGAGAGACUGUGGCUCCAGGGGUCCCCGGGGAAAGGCCUCAAGUGAAGACCACAGGGAAGUGCCAUCCCAGGGCAGGGAAGCUGGACAGCUCAUCGGCCUUCAGGGCACCUACCUGGGUGAGAAGCCCUACGAAUGCCCCCAGUGCGGGAAAACCUUCAGUCGGAAAUCCCACCUCAUCACGCACGAGCGGACCCACACGGGAGAGAAAUACUACAAGUGCGACGAAUGUGGGAAAAGCUUUAGCGACGGUUCCAACUUUAGUAGACACCAAACGACUCACACCGGGGAGAAACCUUAUAAAUGCAGGGAUUGUGGGAAAAGCUUUAGCCGGAGCGCCAACCUCAUAACCCACCAGAGGAUCCACACGGGCGAGAAACCCUUCCAGUGUGCCGAGUGUGGCAAGAGUUUCAGCAGGAGCCCCAACCUCAUCGCUCACCAGCGAACCCACACGGGAGAGAAGCCAUACUCGUGCCCUGAGUGUGGCAAGAGCUUCGGCAACCGGUCCAGCCUUAAUACGCAUCAGGGAAUCCACACUGGAGAAAAGCCCUACGCGUGUAAAGAAUGCGGCGAGAGCUUUAGUUACAACUCCAACCUGAUCCGACACCAGAGGAUCCACACCGGGGAGAAACCAUACAAAUGCCCCGACUGCGGGCAGAGGUUCAGUCAGAGCUCAGCCCUCAUCACCCACCGGAGAACUCACACGGGAGAGAAGCCCUACCAGUGCGGCGAGUGUGGGAAAAGCUUCAGCCGCAGCUCCAACCUGGCCACGCACCGCAGAACCCACCUGGUGGAGAAGCCCUACAAGUGCGGGGAGUGUGGGAAGAGCUUCAGCCAGAGCUCCAGCCUGAUCGCGCACCAGGGGAUGCACACGGGCGAGAAGCCCUACGAGUGCCUGACCUGCGGGGAGAGCUUCAGCUGGAGCUCCAACCUCAUCAAGCACCAGCGGAUCCACACGGGCGAGAAGCCCUACAAAUGCGGCGAGUGUGGGAAGUGCUUCAGCCAGCGCUCCCAGCUGGUGAAGCGUCAGCAACCCAGGACUCUCAUCCAUCUCCGGGAGCUCUGUCGCCAGGGGCUGAGACCAGAGAAAUGUACGAAAGAGCAGAUCCUGGAGUUGCUAGUCCUGGAAGAGUACCUGUCUUGCCCUAGGGGACCCAGAUCUGGGUGA